CGCUAGGACCUGGCUGUGGCCGAGUCCGGGGCGGUCGGUGCCUCUGGUCCGGCUCGGUCAGUCAGUCGCUUCAUGUCGGGAAUGAUUUAUCUCCACAGUAACCAUGAGAGCUGCCUGCGGUCUCCUCCGGACACGGCCACGGCGCGUUUCCACAGCCGCCCCGAGCCCGCCUUAGGAGAUCUUUUCAACGGCUGCUGCUCCAUGGGGGAGGCGGCGGGGGCCAAGCGGCGGGAGGCAGGCUCUCCGCCGGGGGCUGCUCGGAACGGGGACACGGCCUGCAGCUCGCUGGCUCCCCCGGCCGCCUUCUCCUCCUCCUCCUUCUCCACCGGAUCCCCGUCCCCGUGCCAACCCAACACUAACACUUCUACCUCGGCGCCCGGCCUCGGUCACCGGGACGGCGCCUCUAACCCGGGGCUCGGCCAGGACGGGGACGCCGCCGGCUCAGAUCCCGAGGUGGCCGAGAGCCCGGGGCCGCUGCCGUCGCCCCCCACCACCGCUCCCACCAGCACGGAGCCCCGGGCACUGGAGGAGUUCACCGACGUCAGUCUGAAAGCGAAGAAUUCGUUCGAAGGGAACCGGAGGCAGAGCGCACCCGAGCAGUUGGCGGCUGGGCUCGAGUGUCCGGGCACGGCCCUUGGCAAUGAGCAGGGGGCCAAGCCCAAGAAGCUGGGCAUCGCCGACUACAUCAGCAGGAAUUUUUUUACUAAGAAGACAAAGGAGCCCAUUCCUUCUGCUUUUAGUGCUCCUGGCUGGAAGCUAUUUGGGAAAGUUCCACCAAGGGAAAAUUCGCAGAAAGAUUCCAAAACAAUACAGCAGGACAGCUAUGGUUGCAGUCUUGCGUCAGUGUCUGCAUCUAACUUGUUCAGUACAGGGACCAAAUUUAGAACUUUCAUCAUAUGGUCAUGCAUUACUUCUAAACUUCUCAGCCAAAUAAAUUCUAAAGAAUAUGAAGCCCGCACUGGCCGAGCAACCAAAACUCCCCUCCAAUCUGUACGGCGACGAAACAUUGAGUUUGAGCCCCUGUCUACAACAGCCCUGAUCCUAGAAGAUCGACCAGCUAAUCUACCUGCUAAGUCGGCAGAGGAGGCUCAACGGCACAGACAAGAAUACGAUGAGAUGGUGGCAGAGGCAAAGAAGCGAGAAAUUAAAGAAGCACAACGAAGAAAAAGAAUUAUGAAGGAACGAUUCAGACAAGAAGAGAGCAUUGCUCAUGCUAUGAUUAUUUGGAACACAGAUAUUCUUCCCAACUGGGAGACCAUUCGCAAUACACGGAAGGUGCGUGAAUUGUGGUGGCAAGGUAUUCCACCAAGUGUCCGCGGGAAAGUGUGGAGUUUGGCUGUUGGUAAUGAACUGAAUAUCACUCAUGAGCUUUAUGAAAUCUUCCUGUCUAGAGCGAAGGAGCGUUGGAAAAACUUCAAUGACAUUGGAUCAGAGAAUGAAACUGAAGAAUCUGGGACAUCAACGGCUGAUCGAGAGGCCAGUCUUGAACUGAUAAAGCUGGACAUAUCCCGUACGUUCCCUUCACUCUACAUUUUCCAGAAGGGUGGACCAUAUCACGAUCUUUUGCAUAGCGUCCUUGGGGCAUAUACCUGCUACAGGCCUGAUGUGGGAUACGUCCAAGGAAUGUCUUUUGUUGCUGCAGUGCUCAUCCUUAAUUUGGAAGAAGCAGAUGCUUUCAUCGCCUUUGCCAACUUAUUGAACAAACCCUGUCAGCUGGCAUUUUUCCGUGUGGAUCAUAGCAUGAUGCUGAAAUAUUUUGCAUCAUUUGAAGUGUUUUUUGAAGAAAAUCUUCCAAAACUAUUCUCACACUUCAUGAAAAAUAAUUUGACGCCAGAUAUCUACCUUAUAGACUGGAUAUUUACACUAUAUAGUAAGUCACUGCCUCUGGAUUUAGCUUGUCGAGUUUGGGAUGUCUUUUGCCGCGAUGGAGAAGAGUUCCUGUUUAGGACAGCAUUAGGCAUCCUCAAGUUGUACGAGGACAUUUUAGUGCAAAUGGACUUUAUUCAUAUAGCUCAAUUCCUUACCAAACUGCCUGAAGACAUCACAUCAGAAAAACUUUUUGCUUGCAUCACUACUGUUCAAAUGCACAGCAGCAACAAAAAAUGGACACAGGUGUUUGCUUCACUGAUGAAGGAAAAUAAGGAGGUUGAGAAAAAUCACUGUCCUACCCUGAAGAGUUAAUAUUCCUGUGGGGACAUUUGAUGUUUGUGACAGUCAGUGAGCUGGAAUUUGUUGGCAUUAAUGGUGUAGCAAUACUUUAUGUAAAUUUCUUCAGUGCAUCUCCUGAAAGUGGAUGUCUGUUGGAAUUGAAAGACUGAAUACUGUUGGACUGUGAAUGACCCAAAGAUCUGUCUAUCUUAUCCCCACUGAUGGGAAAAGUGUUAUGGUGCAGUUGAUCCUUUCGUGGCUUAUAUCCAACAAAAUGAAAUGUUUACACUAGUGUCAGUAUUAAAGGAAAAUUUGAAUCCUGUGCAAAGUAGUUCAUUUAUUAGCAGACUGAAAACUGAUAUGUAAAUUUAUGAGCACUUAGAGACCAAUCACCUUGCUGUACCUUGUUUCUGGUACACAAAGUACCUCUGAAGCUAGCUGGUUCCCAGAAACUACCUAAUAUGGACCAAAUGGAUUUUGAAUGUUUUCUUCCAUUGUGUGUAGCGUUUUAGUGAUAGUCUUAUUUGGGAAGUAGCUGGUUUUUACUUUUUAAUGUGGUCAUUUUACUUAUGAAGAUUUUGAAGUAAAAAGACAAAGCUGAGAGAACAUCAAAAGCAUUACUGUUCUAAUUUACAGAAUCACCACUUCUGUAAGCAGCCUGCAAGUGCUUGGUGUUGAAAUAUUCCACAGCAUCCUCUAAUAUUUUCAAGCAUUUCCUGUUUCUUGUAAAACUGAGAUCUUUUAUAUUUCAAUUACUGAACUGUGGCAUUUUUUAUUCAACUACUGAAUUGUACUAUGAAUAUUUUUAUUGACCCUUGUUUCAGUAGUUAGCUGCUUUUCUGGUGCUUUCAACAACGGAACUAAGGAUGUUGCAUCAUUUCCAGACCUGCAGGAUAGUCUUCAAAUAGAAUGGUUGAAUGUCAAAAUUAAACUUACAAAUAUUGUACCACAACAGUUAAAAGUCAGUGUCUCUCAGCUGAUGAAGGCUUUGUGAUUGUCCUCAGACAGGUGCUGCGGGCUUGACUUUCAUAACUGUGUAUAAUUUAUGAUGUGCAAUAUAUUAAAAAAAAACUCCAAAAUGGCAUAGUGCUUUGCACAAGUCUCGGAAUGUAACCGUGAUAACAUUCAGUAACUUUUAUUUCAAAUCAGGUGAUGAAAACUGCUGACGGCUACAAACUGUAGCAAUGUAUACUAGAUUGCAUUGCUCAGUUCUGUUGUCUGCUCACAAUGGAAAAGUGAGAUUAUUUGUCAGUAAUUACAAAAGGGCAGAGGGCUAAUUAUCAGGCAUUUUUCUAACCUGACUUGUAAUUUCUGCAAUGAAUUUGGUGACCUUUGUGUAAAUUUAAGAUUUGUCUUGUGUGCAAAUUACAGAGUAUACUUUCUUACAUUUUGUUUCUUUUUUAUUUGAAAGACUUUGUACUUUAUUUUCUUGUAUCCUUAAACCAGUCCCUGUAGAAUUCAUCUUACUGGAGUAUAAAUAUGAAUUGUGUAGGAACUUUGUCCUUUGAAUUUGUUUUAAAGUUUGUUAAAAGGAAGUGGCAUGCUACAUAAAUAGUGUACUACAGAUUGAGUGCAAAAUACUUCGAUUUAUAAAUUUUUAUUUAUAUAUCCUUUCAGUUAGUUAAAUGAAGUUCUUAACUUGCUUUGUAUUGUACAGAUUUUCAUACUGACUACAGAUGUAAUGUAUAUGAAAACUAAUUGUAAAUAGAAGGAAACAGUCCACAGCUAAUACCACUAGAUACCAGUUUCAUAUGUAAAUAAAGUAUGAAGUCAAGUGCC